AUGGAAUUGGCCAUGGAGAGACACUUGAAAGGGGAGAGUUUGCGUGAAGGCCAGAGCCUUGUGGCAGAUCCUAGGCUUCCAGGGAAAUGUUAUCCAGCUGUCAUCGACAAUUUUAUUUUGAAUGGCCCUACUGUGGACGUACAUGCAGUAGAAAGCUUCGUCCAUCACGCCAUGGAAAUGAUUAUGGAUGAGGCUGUGAAAAAGGCCAGUGAUGUCCAAGAAAAGGUUUGUGAGUGGCGUUCCCCUGAGCAGCUGAAAGAGCUGCUGGACCUUGACCUGAGAGAUGAAGGGGAGCCAGAGUCCAAGAUCCUGCAGCGCUGCAGAGAUGCCAUCAGAUACAGUAUCAAGACCGGCCAUCGCCACUUCUUCAACCAGCUGUAUGCAGGGAUGGAGCCUUACUCCAUGGUGGCAAGCUUUAUUACUGAAGCAAUCAAAACCAGUCUGUACACAUACGAGGUGGCUCCUGUCUUUACCCUGAUGGAGGAGACGGUGCUGAGGAAGAUGAUUGAGAUGGUUGGCUGGGAGGAAGGAGGAGAUGGAAUCUUUAACCCAGGUGGCUCAAUGUCCAACAUGUAUGCUGUGAACUUAGCCAGGUACCAUUAUUGCCCAGAUAUUAAAGAGGAUGGCCUUGUUGCUGUUCAACGACUUGUCAUAUUAGCAUCACAGGAGUGUCAUUACUCCAUUUCCAAAUCAGCAGCUUUAUUGGGCAUCGGCACUAAGAAUGUGUACAUGGUGCCAUCUGAUAGCAGAGGGAAGAUGAUUCCCUCAGCUCUGGAGGAGCUAAUAAAGACAGCUAAAAGUGAGGGUGCAGUUCCCUUCAUGGUAAACGCCACAGCAGGGACCACAGUGCUCGGAGCUUUUGAUCCCAUUGAGGAAAUUGCAGACAUCUGUGAGAAGUACAACCUGUGGCUGCAUGUGGAUGCAUGCUGGGGAGGAGCAGCUCUGAUGUCUGACAGGCAUAAACACUUGUUGAAAGGCAUCCACAGAGUGAACUCUGUGGCCUGGAACCCUCACAAAAUGCUGAUGGUAUCACUGCAGUGCUCUGCUUUCCUGGUCAGAGACAAAACAAGUCUCCUCCAGCGAUGCCACUCUGCUCAGGCCUCCUACCUCUUCCAGCAAGAUAAGUUCUAUGAUGUCAGCUAUGACACAGGGGACAAGUCCGUCCAGUGCAGCAGGAAACCCGACGCCUUUAAAUUCUGGCUCAUGUGGAAGGCUCUGGGAACCAGAGAGCUGGAGCAGAGGGUGGACAGAGCUCUUGCCAUGGCCAGGCAUCUUGCACAAGCGAUCAAAAAGAGAGAAGGGUUCACUCUCUUGAUGGAACCUGAAUAUGCAAAUGUGUGCUUCUGGUACGUUCCACCGAGUAUGAGGAGCCUCCCAGCUGGUCCUGAGCUCUGGGAAAAACUCCACACUGUGGCCCCAGUGGUUAAAGAGCGCAUGAUGAAGAAGGGCAGCUUGAUGGUGGGCUACCAGGCCCAUCAUGGCCAGCCCAACUUUUUCAGGAUGGUGGUGAUAAGUCCUCAGGUCAGCAGGGAGGACUUGGACUUUGUUCUGGAUGAGAUACACAGUCUGGGAAAGGACUUGUGAUGAAUGCUGAGUGUCUAUGAAGAGCCUGUCUUUGGUCUUCAUUCAUCUGUCAUCUGUCAUGGUUCCACUUGCCAAGGCAUUUUCACUACCUUAUUAUAGGAAGAGUUUGAAGGGAGAAUGUUUUGAUAGUGUACAAUGUGUGUAUCAUCAUGAAAUGAUUUACAUAAGACUGUGAUGAUCUGUAAAAUGAUGACUAUUACAAAAUAAUCUUUUUUUUUCCACAAACAAAUACAACUUUAAAUUACAGAACAGGUUUACAAAGAAACAUCAAUAUCAACUGUGGCUUUUCUUCUGAGCUCAGGACAUUUGAUCAGAAAUUAUAUAAACUGUAUUUUUUCUAAAGGUCAUGCUGCUUCUGAAGAACCUUUUCUUGGCCACACUUAGGAGCAUACAUAUUGGUCAGUUUAUUGGUACUUAUAUUUGUCUCUGAAGAUGAUGUAUUAUUAUGUCAUGUCUGUUGUUUUUAUGAGCAAACACACCCAUGUUUUUGAAGAACAUUGUUCCUUCCACAUCUGGUACCUGGACCAACUGAUCAAACUCCUGGUUGUAUGAGAAGUUCACUGCCAUAUCUUUAGGGUGAGGUUGUUUUUUUAAGUUUACACAACUUUGGACAGAUAUGUUUCAUUAUUUGUUACUCUCGAGGGUGCCUCUUAUUUGUCUCAUUCAAUCUCAUGUUUGUAUGUUCCCGUUGAAUAACUUAUGUUCAAGGUGUGCUUUGUGACAAAAGUCUCUACAGAUCUAGAUUCCUGAGGCUGUUUGUUUGGUCUGCCUGCAUAGCUUCCUGCCCACUCUGCUGCCAGUUCCAUGCGCAUGGAUCUGCACCUCACUUAUUUUAGGUCACUGACACCUAUGACAUAUAUGUGAAAAAUGCUCACUCAGCUGUGUGAUGAUGAUGCUUAUGAUUAUGUCAGUGCCAACUAUUGAUGCUCAUUUAAUUUCUGUUAAAUUGUUGACCUGCUGAGCUCUG